GGGGCAUAGGCGUUUUGGGCGGUGUGGGUGUCCGCGCUCCAUCUGUCCGGGAGUGGGGUGUUUGGGAUGCGGGCGGCUCCAGGGUCCCACCAGGAAGAAGGAGCUGUCAGUUUAGGCUGGAGCAGCACGGGGUCCGUCAUCUGUCCGUGAACAGAACGGCCUCUCCCAGGCCGAUUUGUGAUAGGCCGGGUCACCAGUGGUGUUUCCCCGCGUGUACGAGAAGCCAUCCCGCCCUUCAGAACAGAAACCUCUGUUCACAUCAGAGCAUGUGGAGAUGGAGAUCCUGCCUGCUUUGCAGGUCCAGGCCUUGACAGCCUGAAAUCUUCAUGGUUAAUGAGAGGAGGCGAAUUUAUAUCUAUGAGAACCAGGGUGGAACUUCUAGGCCAAGUGGCCUUGAGUUUCAGAGCCUGGAUAAAUGAGAUGAGAGUUGUGCUCCCCUUUCCAUGGCAAGCAUAUAUUAAGGCAGGCAGGUAUGCGGUCUUGGAAAGACAACUGAAUGUCACCAGGUGGAACUAAAACGAGCCUCUGCUCUUGUGAGACCCCAGCCUGGAGUCCUGCAUCCAGCUCUGGAGCCCUCAGCACAGGAAAGACAUGCACCUGUUGGAGAGGGGCCGGAGGAGGCCACAAAGCUGGAACAGCUCAGCUGUGAGGACAGGCUGGGAAAGUUGAGGUUGUUCAGCCUGGAGAACACUCUGGGGAGACCUUAUUGUGGCUUUUCAGCCGUUAAGAGUGGCCUAUAAGAAAGAUGGGGACAGGCUAUUUAGCAGGGCCUGUUGCAAUAGGACAAGGGGUAAUGGUUUUAAACUAAAGGAGGGGAGAUUCAGGCUAGAUGUGAGGAAGACAUUUUUUACAAUGAGGGUGGUGAAACACUGGCCCAGGUUGCCCAGAGAGGUGGUAGAUGCCCCAUCCCUGGAAACAUUCCAGACCAGGUUGGAUGGGGCUCUGAGCAACCUGAUCUGGUUGAAGAUGUUCCUGCUCAUUGCAGGGGGUUGCACUAGGUGACCUUUGAAGGUCCCUUCUAACCCCAGCUAUUAUGUGACUCUAUGGAAAUGGGUAUUUAUUGAAACUUACAGUGGUGCAGAGAUGUCAAAAGAAGAAAGUCUGCUUGUUCCGGAUGCCAUCCGAGGCUGGAGACUUGAAAGUCCUGCAGCAGGUCUCACUGAAACCAUUACUGUUCUGAAACAUAGAGUACUGCCCAUUGCAUUGUGCCAAGAGGUUUCACAGGGGUGGGAAGAGGUAACCUUGCUGGCAUCCAGGGCAGCAGCAUCCAGGCAAGUCACUGUUGAAACAUUCUGAAAAAGUUGCUGUGGAUCAAUUUGUUUUCAAACCAAAGGUGAUGUGGAACAAAAUGAGGGAAAGUAGUUCCAGCAAACUGGAGUUCCUGCUUUUUUAUAUGCCUUGUCCUGGAUGCCCAGUACAAAUAAGUGAAAGAAUGUAUCAGACUUUUGAAGAGACUUUAAAAAAAAAUUAUUUAACGUGGUAUAUUUGAAAAUACAAAUAUUUAUUGUCAAUGUUGUUAACUUCUUGCUUGCAGCUGAGCAGUCAUGCUUUUAAAUAACCACUGUUUUUUUAUUAGAGUAAUGGAUUUGUAGUUAAUCUCCAGAACUGAAUCCACUUGUCGUGGGACUUGAUUACUGUCAGCUUUACUAAUAUACAGUCAGUACAAAUAAGGUUCUUACAGCAACAAUUUGUUUGUUAGUUUGUGGCUGAUUUUUUGUUUUUGUUUUGUUUUUUUAACUUCUAAAGUUUGUAUCAGCAUAUAGUCUGUACAGUGCAAUACUGCCAGUUUUGAUCAUUGAGAGUAGUACCAUGCUGUGUGAAUGCUUUUGGUGAUUUCAGCAGCUGCUGUAAACAGGUCUGUAAAUCUCAAGCCUGAGGCUUGUUGCCAGCUGAAUCUGAGUUCCUUAAUCUGUUUGGACAGCCUUAGCAGCCUAUAGCUAAUUCUGGCAUAAGGAUAAGGACUACAUACAGAGCUGCAUGCUGACUUCUGCAUCUCUUAUAGAGGAUCUUUGUGAGAAUGCCCGUGUUCUUCUGUCUCUUAAACUUUAUAUCUGGAUCACAAAGUAGCCGUAAUUUGGAGGAAACUAGUGAAUAUCGUGCUCAGUUAUGAGAAGACAUUCACCAAUGUAAAACAGGCUGGAAGAAGGUUUCUCUAAGAAAAUAAAAGAACAUAGAAUCCUUUAAUAAAAAGGAAGACAUUUAGAGUUUCAUAAGGUACUGGCUAUCCGGGCCUUAAAAAAAAAAUGAACCGUUAUACAAUCAUGAAACAACUGGGUGAUGGCACCUAUGGCAGUGUGUUGAUGGGGAAGAGCAACGAGUCAGGAGAGCUUGUGGCUAUCAAAAGAAUGAAAAGAAAGUUCUAUUCAUGGGAUGAAUGUAUGAAUUUGAGAGAAGUCAAGUCUCUGAAGAAGCUAAAUCAUGCCAAUGUAAUAAAAUUGAAAGAAGUUAUACGAGAAAAUGACCACCUUUACUUUAUAUUUGAAUACAUGAAGGAAAAUCUCUAUCAGUUAAUGAAGGACAGAAACAAGUUGUUCCCUGAGUCAGUCAUCAGAAACAUGAUGUAUCAGAUAUUACAAGGGCUAGCUUUUAUCCAUAAACAUGGGUUUUUUCAUAGAGAUAUGAAGCCUGAAAACCUUCUCUGUAUUGGACCAGAACUUGUGAAAAUAGCAGAUUUUGGGCUGGCUAGAGAACUAAGAUCUCAGCCACCUUAUACAGAUUAUGUUUCUACCAGGUGGUACCGAGCUCCUGAAGUUUUGCUAAGAUCGUCUAUUUAUAGCUCACCUAUUGACAUGUGGGCAGUUGGCAGCAUAAUGGCUGAAUUAUACACACUAAGACCUCUUUUCCCAGGCACAAGCGAAGUGGAUGAAAUCUUCAAAAUUUGCCAAGUCUUGGGGACUCCAAAAAAGAGUGAUUGGCCAGAAGGAUACCACCUUGCUUCUGCCAUGAAUUUCCGUUUCCCACAGUGUGUCCCUAUAAGCCUAAAAACACUCAUCCCAAAUGCAAGCAAUGAAGCAAUACAGCUUAUGAGUGAUAUGCUGAACUGGAAUCCGAAGAAGAGACCUACAGCAAGUCAGGCUUUGAAGUACCCUUACUUUCAAGUUGGGCAAGUUCUAGGACCUCCUCCACAGUAUCUGGAGAAGCAGGCUCCUAUUAAACCAGUUCAGCCAACAGAGGCAAAGCCAUCUUUACCCAAACUGGAAGCUAUAUCCAAGCCAGAACCUCUGUCUUCACCUGAUGUACCUGAAAAAACACCACCACAGCCCCUGUCAAAGGUUAACCACCAGCCUCUCCAGCAAAUUCAGUUGCCUCAGAAUACAACUAACCAGCAAGUACCAAAACAGCAGCAGCCACAGGCACAACCAUUUUUUCCCUCUAUCAAUAAAAAUUCAUCACCAAAACAAGCAGUUAGUGGCUCUCAGAAUGGUGCAGGAGGUCUUAAAAACUGCAGAAGACGAUGGGGUCAGACUUUGGUAAAGGCUGUGGAUAGCUGGGAUGACUUAGAUGACAAUGAAUUUGGAAUAUCAUGUUCAAAGAAGCCUAGCAUUGCACUGUUAAAAGAAAAGAAAAACAAGGAAUGUCUUUUUAGUGUGCCAGAACCAAAAGCUUCACGCUGUAUCCAACCAGGAGGGGAAAAUAAGGUUCUGAUGAGAAAUGAUUCUGGAAGAUCCAAUACAUCAGCAAAACAGUACUAUCUAAGACAAUCAAGAUAUCUACCUGGUGUAAACCCUAGAAGUGUCUCUUUAGUGGCAGUCAAUAAAGAGGGAUCACAUGGAACGUGGAACAACCAGUUGUUUUCGAAACCGCUCGCACAUACUGGAGGAGGAGUGACUUUCAACAGAAAUACUACAGAUGAGAACUUAAUUAUACCUAUUGAAAAGCUAUCAUGCAAAGAAAGAUUGAAUGAAAAAUUAGAGGAUCCAAAAGGAAAUCCUGGCUUUGCGAGUGGUGCUGCUUACAACCCAUCAGGAGUAUAUGUCCCCUCCUUUCAUAAAAAAGAAGUUGGAUCAGCUGGACAACGGAUACAGCUAGCUCCUCUUGGUGCACCUGUCUCAGAUUAUUCUUGGAAAACCAAAGCUGUUCAUGCUCAGUUACCAGGUCCUACUUUCAGUCCAGCAGCAAAAAACAUGACUAUUUUAAAUCGCCCACCAACUAUUCAGUCAGUACAUGGACGAACAGACUGGGUGGCUAAAUAUGGAGGAAAUAGAUAGAAAAUGCCAUCCUGUAUAGAUAUUAUUUGAGCUGUGUUCAGUUCUCCUGCACUGGAAAACUAUUUGCUGAAACUUCUCCUAAGACUAAGCAACAGUAAAGAAGAAAAAAAGACCUUGUGUUCUGUUACCUGUGGAAGAAUAGUACAAUACCAUGUAAAAUAUUUGCUAUAAAGUAGGAUUUGUUGAAGUAUUGUGUAAAGCAUAUUGCCAAAACUACUGAGAAGUAGGUUUCACUCGACAUGCUUUCCUAGAUGGAUCUCCUACCAUCAUACUCCUAAAACAAGUUAUGGUGGCUCGCCCAAUUCAACGUCCACUAUUGGCUUAUGUUUGCUUUCAUGUACACAAGCAGCUAGAAGCAGGGCUAAAGCAGAGCAGCACCAAGCUUUCAGGUAUUAGGCUGCUUCCUCACCAAAAAGAUAAGAGUGAAAGCACAGAUGGGGCUUCGUGAAGACCACCACACUCUCAUACAAGAAUUUCAGAACUCACUUGUACUUAAGAGUUACUUAGGGUCUGUAAUGUCCAAAUAUUCGUAAUAGCAAUGAAAACCUAGCUCCUUGUAGCGGAACACAAGCAAUCCACUGAUAAAUACUACCCAAGUCUAAAAACUUGGCUCAUGUAAGGCUAUAGAAUGAUGUAGCAAUAUUGGAAAAUAGCUAAACAAGUAUUAAGUGGUAGACUUGCCUCACCAAGGUGUAGUGAAGCCUAAAAAUUAGCUGCUACUGUUAUAAUUAACUUAUGACUGUUUUGAAGAUCUGUGGAGAUUUAUAUCUGCCCUGUCAAGGGAGUGUCACAGUGACAUUUUAAGGAGCCUGAAUCACUGCAGUCUAUCAGUCAUUUCAAGGGUGAAUUAGCCAAAAAGGCCUAAAUUAUUAGUAAACUCAUCUUUCUACUUGUCUUUAUUGGGUGAUCAAACUAAAGUACAGCAUUUGAAUAAGCUGCAUGAGGAACAAUAUUGGGCUGUUCUUCCGCUUUUUGGUUUAGACCUUAAAGGCCAACUUAGGUACCUGAAAACAGACACAAACUUUAAUAAUGCAAUACCUCACUGUUUAUAUGCUCAUUAAGUACUUUGUCUGGUUUCUAUGCUAAGUUUUAUAGUAAUAUCCCACGAAAGACCUCACAAUGUACAAUAAAUUGUUUUUAGGAUGUUGAACUAAGCUACAUCUGUUAACAGCUGCACUUAGAAUAGAUGCUUUAGAUUUAGUAGUUACAUUAAACCUGCCAUUUUAAGUACAAAAUGAGUAUGUUCUUUAAAGAUGUAAAACUGUUCAUGAUUAAGCAUUGUAAAAAAUAAAUGUAUUUGUAUGGCUUUUAUAACUGCAUAUAAAAAUUUAAAUGCCUGUUGUUGA